CGCCACACCCACAGCACGCCACCGGGCCCCAGCAGCACUAGUCUGCCUGCCUUCACUUCUCUCUCUUCUCUCUUCAGUCCUUGUUCGUUCCUUCCUCUCUGUUUAUCUGUCUGUCCGUUAGGAUGGCGGAGCUGGAGGGUCUGGAGUUUGGGAAGUCGGAUUUUGUCCUUCUGGAUGAGGUGAACAUGGAGCAGUUUAUGGAGAAUCUGAAGUUAAGGUUUGAGAAAGCCCGUAUCUACACCUUCAUAGGUGAGGUGGUGGUGUCAGUCAAUCCCUACAAACAGAUGGACAUCUACGGUAAAGAGGCCAUCGACGCGUACCGUGGCCGGGAGCUGUACGAGAACCCACCCCACCUGUACGCUGUGGCCGACGCUGCGUACAAGGCCAUGAAGAGACGGGCCAAAGACACCUGCAUCGUCAUAUCAGGUGAGAGUGGAGCGGGAAAGACAGAGGCUAGCAAGUACAUCAUGCAGUACAUCGCAGCUAUUACCAACCCCAGCCAGAGAGCAGAGGUUGAGAGUGUGAAGAACGUUCUGCUGAAGUCCAACUGUGUGCUGGAGGCCUUCGGUAACGCCAAGACCAACCGCAACGACAACUCCAGCCGCUUCGGCAAGUACAUGGACAUCAACUUCAACUUCAACGGCGACCCCACCGGCGGACAUAUUAACAACUACCUGCUGGAGAAGUCAAGGGUUGUUCAGCAGCAGGGAGGAGAGAGGAACUUUCACUCCUUCUAUCAGUUACUGCGUGGAGGCUCAGAGGAAAUGCUGGGGUCACUUCACCUCCAGAAUGACCCUGUCAACUAUGUGUAUACCAGAGAAGGAGCUGCCUCCACUACAUCCAACAAUGACCGGUCCAGUCACAGGGCUGUGCUGAGUGCCCUGCAGGUGAUUGGCUUCUCAGAGGAGGAGAUCGCCUCCAUCUACAGGAUCCUGGGGACCAUCCUCAUCCUGGGCAACCUGCAGUUCGAGACAGACAGUGAGAGUGUCCAGGUGGUGGGUUCUGAGGCUGUGAGUCACAUCGCUGGGCUGACCACCACAGAGCCAGACAACGUGACUAAGAGCCUGCUGUACCGCACUGUGGCCACCGGGGGCGGAGAGGUCAUAGAGAAGGGACACACUGAAAAGGAGGCCUGCUUCGGCCGGGACGCUUUCGCCAAGAUAUUCCGUCGAGGGCUUUUUGGACAAGAACAAGGAUCCACUCUUCCAAGAUUUCAAGCGACUCAUGUAUAACAGUUCCAACCCUGUGCUGAAGGAGAUGUGGCCCGAUGGUCAGCUGAGCAUCACAGAGGUCACUAAACGACCCCUGACUGCAGCCACCCUCUUCAAGAAUUCCAUUGUGGCCCUUGUGGACAAACUGGGCUGCAAGGAGCCAUACUAUGUGCGCUGCAUCAAGCCCAAUGAGAUGAAGUCUCCCGUGCUGUUUGACGACGCCCGAUGCCAACACCAGGUGGCCUACCUGGGCCUGCUGGAGAAUGUCAGGGUGCGGAGGGCAGGGUUCGCCUACCGCCAGCCCUACGCACGCUUCCUACAGAGGUAUAAGAUGACGUGUGAGUACACCUGGCCCAAUCACCUGAUGGAGACAGACAGGGAGGCAGUGGAGGCUAUCGUUACGCAGCACGGUUUUCAGGACGACGUGGCGUAUGGACACACCAAGCUGUUUGUGCGAACACCUCGGUCCCUUUUCACGCUGGAGCAGGAGAGAGCUGCGCUCAUCCCCAUCCUGGUGCUGUUCCUACAGAAGGUAUGGCGCGGGGCACUGGCGAGGAUGAGGUGCCAGCGUAUGCGUGCCAUCUAUGCCAUCAUGGGCUGCUACAAGCGCUACAAGGUCAAGGCCCACUUCUGGGAGGUAGAACGACGUUUCACCAACGUACGCAACAUGGCUGACUAUGGGAAGAGCGUGGAGUGGCCCACGCCGCCGGCAGCCCUCGCACAGUUCGACAACAUCACUCAACAGCUGCAUCGCAGGUGGCGUGCCAGGCAGAUAGUGAAGAACAUCCCUCCGUCUGACAUGGGGGAGGUGAGGGCCAAGGUGGCUGCUCUGGGGGCUCUGAGUGGGGAGAGGAAGGACUGGGGCUGUGGCCGACCCUGGGAGAGGGACUACCUGUCUAACGUGAGGGACUGCCCUCAGACCAGCUCUAACUUCCUACGGAUCUCCAAAGAGCUGAGAAACAAAGACCAGUACAACCAGGUCCUCUUCUCAGGGUUCUGUAGGAAGGUGAAUCGGUUCAAUAAAAGCACAGACCGAGCCUUGUUUAUUACGGAAAAACAUAUCUACAAACUGGACCCCAAAAAACAGUUCAAGGUGUUGAAAAGACUGCCUCUAGAGAGUAUGACAGGCCUGAGCAUCACUGCAGGCGUUGACCAGAUGGUGGCGCUACACACCUCCUCCCAGGAUGAUGUCCUUCUCUACAUCCAGAGAGGAGAGCUGUGCCCCAACCAGGACCGCAUCGGGGAGCUGCUGGGAACGCUCAUUGACCACUUCACGCGAGUGAGGAACACCCCGCUACCAGUGAAGGUUUGCUGCUCGGCCAUCCAGCUGCACAUGCGAGGCAAGCCCAAGAGUGUAACCCUGGAGACCAAGGCCGGCCAGGCCCACGCAGACUUCCGUAAGAACCGCGACGGUUUCACCCUCCUGAUCCCCUCCAACUGAGACAGUCACCACCAGCUACCCCAGGCACAUUCUAAUCUGGACCUCAAAGCCUGCUGAUUUUCAUGUUCUUGGAAAAGGAGCUUCAAUCUUAUUGGUUGAAAAUGUAAAACCAAUGCACUGAUGGUUGGAGUUGGAACUACUCAUUAUGGCAGGGACUCACACUGGCCAUGGGAUGUUUUUGUCAUAUUAUGUAUGCUAAAGAUGCUCACAUGUAUAACAUUUAACUUUAAAAACAUAUUUUUUAUAAGAUUUCAUGUUUUUGCACUUUUCAGGGAAUUAACAGAUAUAUAGGCAAGAGACUGAAAUGCAAACAAGAAUAGCAAUAUUUGACAUACAUUUUUUCAGCCUAACUUAGCUUAGCUACAGUGUUUUUAUACUGUAUAUUCAGCAGAGAAGACAGCUAUUUUACUGCCUUUGAGAAAUGGGAAUACUCCUUUAAAGUGCAUCAUCUCAACACGCUGCCUUGAAAGGGCAGACCAUGAGAUUAAUAGCAACAAUGAAAAAGCAAAUAAAUAAUUUAUUAAAAUGUAUUUUAUCGCA